GGACUUGCGAGAUUAGUUGGGUCAUUAUUUUUGAAGGUUGCCAUUUUUACGCUGAAUAUAUCCGUGAGUGAUGAUUUUGGGCGUGAUCGGAGCACUCGAAAGUGUUUUUAGAUAGUUCGCUACAGAUGAUUUGUCUUAUGUGCAGUGUAUCAGUGAUAUCGUCUACUUCGUACUCCGAGAAGUUACUCGCAAAUCGUUCGUGAGUAACACGGUGAUGUGUGGUGGUUUCAGGUAGAGAUGCAAGUAGUGGUGUCGUUACGGUCGAGAUAAUAUCAGUGCGGUUGCGGUUGUGAGGACAGUGAUGAUGCCGGGGCAGUGAGCGAGCAGCGCGGCACCACGGCUUCCUCAGUGGCGGGUGGCGCGCGGGGAGCCGAGUCUCCUUCGCAGGCCAACCAGGACACCGUGGACAACGCCACACCCACCUGCUGGUGGGCGACGUUGUCGGCGAUGGGGUGCUUCGGAUCCCCGGGCGACAAGAGCAGUGAGGGCGAAGACCUCAAGUCGCAGAAGCGCCGCAGCGAUGCCAUCACAAGGCAGUUGCAGAAGGACAAGCAGCUGUACCGCGCGACUCACCGGCUCCUGCUGCUCGGCGCCGGUGAGUCCGGCAAGUCGACCAUCGUCAAGCAGAUGCGAAUCUUGCACGUAAACGGCUUCUCCGACAAGGAGCGUCGCGAGAAAAUUGAGGAUAUCAAGAAAAACAUUCGUGACGCUAUACUUACAAUCACCGGAGCGAUGAGCACGCUGACGCCGCCAAUUCCUCUCGAGAAACCGGAGAACAAGGCGCGGGUCGAUUAUAUACAGGACGUGGCGUCACAACCUGACUUCGACUACCCGCCGGAGUUCUACGAGCAUACGGAACAUCUGUGGAAAGACCAGGGCGUGCAACGCACAUAUGAACGCAGUAACGAGUACCAACUUAUCGACUGUGCCAAGUACUUCCUGGACCAGGUGCAUAUAAUCAAGCAGCCGGACUACACGCCCACGGAGCAGGACAUCCUGCGCUGUCGUGUUCUCACCUCAGGGAUUUUCGAGACGCAGUUUGUCGUCGACAAAGUCAAUUUCCAUAUGUUCGAUGUGGGCGGGCAGAGGGACGAGCGACGCAAGUGGAUCCAGUGCUUCAACGACGUGACCGCCAUCAUCUUCGUGACGGCCUGCUCGUCCUACAACAUGGUGUUGCGCGAGGACCCCACGCAGAACCGUCUCAGAGAGUCGCUCGACCUCUUCAAAAGCAUAUGGAACAACAGAUGGCUGCGCACGAUAUCAGUGAUCCUGUUUCUGAACAAGCAGGACUUGCUCGCGGAGAAGGUGCUCGCGGGCAAGUCCCGGCUGGAGGAGUACUUCGCGGAGUUCGCGCGCUACCAGACGCCGCCCGACGCGCUGCCCGACGCCAGGGACCACCCCGAAGUGGCGCGCGCCAAGUACUUCAUCCGCGACGAGUUCCUCCGCAUUAGCACGGCGAGCGGCGAGGGCAAGCACUACUGCUACCCGCACUUCACGUGCGCCGUGGACACGGAGAACAUAAAGCGCGUGUUCAACGACUGCCGCGACAUCAUCCAGCGCAUGCACCUGCGCCAGUACGAGCUGCUCUAACCGCACGCACCACCGAAAAGUGAAGAGAAGAGCAAAGUUAACGCUGACGCCGGCUCCAUACCGGCGCGCGAUAGCCUCUCCACCGAAAGACACCAAUGUACGAACACGGCACAGCAAUAUUUACACUCGGAUUAUAUUAUUAUUGUAUACACUGCAUGUUUACAUACAACGGUGUUUUAGUAUAAACGCUCCGCAUUCUAAUGCGCGGUCAGUGUCACUGUGAUUUCCCUCUCAUGUCGUUCGCAUGGUGUUUCCGAACGGUCCAGCCCGCGCGACAACUUUUUACCGAUUUUGAAUUCACAAUGUGUCUGUAAUGAGGAUACGACUUGCCAUGGAACGGUUGUUUUCAUUUAAUCAAUGGAGUAAUAUCGUGUGACAGUGACGGUUAUAAUCGAUUUGACCCAAUUGGUUAUUAUUUCUAAGCAAUUGUUAGGCUUCAUUGCACGGGUUACUAUGUUUUGAUAAUUUUCACAUAAAAAAAAUAUGUAUUUGGUAAUACUAGAUAUUUUAUUAGAUUUAUCCUAAUAAUUAAUUUAUUAAUAAAUUUAAAAAAGUCUUGACUAAAAAUUUAAAUUUUUAAUGCAUUCAAAAUUCGUUUACUCAAAUAUUUGGUAUAUAAAAACAAUAUUUCUUUUUUAGAAUGUUGUACAAGUUGUAGAUAAUUAUUAUAAUACUUCAAAAUUAUGUCAUUUAAGCUUAUAAGAGGGUUUAAAUUUGGAACAUGAUCGGAAAAUUGUCUUGCCGGGAUAUAUACCGUUAUUUAUAUUAAGGAUCAUUGGUGUGCAGUGGUUGGAGGCUAGUUAUGGUAUUGUUUUAUUCUCUUUAGAUCGAGCACAAGAUUUAAAAUUGUAUUAAAGUCUAUUUCAAGUUACGUUUAUGUACUUUAAUAAUUUUUUAACCUAAUGCAUAUCACUUACCCUAAAUGUGUGCAAGCGUGUAUGCUCAAAAUAGCCAAAUUUAGAUUUUUUUUUUGGUUUUUAAAAUAUAUUUCUACAUACAUUUUCAUAGAUUUAUAUAGCGUUUUAGCUUGUUUUCAACUAUAUUUUAUAUUAUUUUUGCAAAGAUUGUUAUGUCUGUAUAUUUUUGAUUACAGAAAUAUUUUUUCUACACUAUACUUUUCUCGAAAAUCACAUAAUUACUAUAUGAUGUGAUUAAUAAGUUUCCUAUUGUUUUUUUUUGUUCUAUUGUUAGUUUUAAGUUAUGUUUUAAUUUUAUGGAUGUACGUCUUCCAAUGUUUCAAUAGUUUCUUUUGUAAUAUUAACAAAACGUUUUAUUGAAUGACUUAUGUUUUAGCAGCUAUUUACUUGUAGGGCGAACCUUUUUGACUAAAAACUAUAACAGAUAGCAAAGGCUUGGCUGUAGGUUAAACUUAGUUAUUUAAAUGUUAUUAAGUGUACGGAGCUUUUAGAGUAAUUUUAAGGUCCAAAGAUUGAAGCUACGCCGCCGUAUGUGAUGCGGGCCAUAUGAGGGAAUAUCACAUUUAGCAGUAUUUCAUUAUUAUUUUUUUGAAUAAAAAUGUAUUUUUUCGGAUUAUCGCUCUAAUUAUAUAUCUUUCUACCGCUUAUUUUAAGGUGAGUUAGCGUUAAGUACAAAUGUAACUAACAGAAUCGCUCUAACAUAAUUAUUAAACAUUUUGUUUAUAAGAAUGGUUUAUGUACUUACCUUUGUGUAAAAUGCUUACAAAUCAAGAGAUUUAUUAAAUUAAUAUAUUUGCGUUUUGUUAUUUAGUUUUUUGAAUCUGGUGAAGUUUGUCAUUUAUUUCUGUAUUUUUUUAUAUAUAUAUAUAUAUAAAAUUAAAAUGAAUGUCAAAUUGUCAUUGUUAUCGGUAGACAAAUAUUUAUGUAUUGGACAUAAUUUUAUUAAAUAAAAUAUUUAGUAUCAAUUUAUAAUUAUACUUUACAAACAUUCUAAUAUCUCCUGUUACUAUUUUAUAUUAAGGCAGCAACAUUUUUGACAUUUGUAAUUUUUGUCGUGUCUAAAAAAUUAUAUCAAAUUGGAGCAAAGGAAAUAAUUAUUAUUACUAUUAACUAGUAGUUAUGUGUCAGACAACCCUAUGUCCUCGGUAAAAAUGAUUUCAUGGCGUAAAGCGAAUAUUGUUAUAUUAUUAUUUAGCUUAAAACCGUGUAUGGUCCUUAAUAUAAGAAUGUCGAAGUCGGGAGUCUAAUUGCGUAAUGUGCCAUAUUGAAGUGUUGCCGGCGGAAACACCAUACUUCUAAUGUUACCAUGUAAUAUACUGACCCACAAACUACUCAUGUGUCAUUACAAGCAAGCUAAAAUAUUUCUCAUCGUAACUUAUAAAACCCAACCGCUAUUUUGAGUUCUUUAUCGUAACACUUUAUCGUUAUUUUUUAAAUAUAUAUAAAUUAAUGAAAUUGUAUUUUUCUUUUCGUAUUAUUCGUUAAGUUUUAAUUUUAAUGUAAGUAGGCGAAGUAUCAAAUUGUAGAUGCCUGUAGAGGUCGCCCUUUAUUCUUAAUUCUUUCGUCUUGUUUAUUAUUUCGAGUAUAAUAAUUUUUAAAAUCACAAAUUCUAGAUUUAACUCUACGCUAAGCCAAAAAUAAUAACUGAAAUUUUCCUCCACACUACCAUGAGGACGAAAAUGCUAAAACAUAAAUAGAUUUUUUUUACAACAAUUAAUCCGGCCAAGUUUAAUUUUAUGCAUUGUAUCUUGUUCGUGCCUAACAUUAUUUGUAGGUUUACAAUCGGCACGAUACAACUUUCAUCAACUUUAUUACCUUUGGGUUUGUGUAAAUUGAUUUUAGUAAAAUUAUUUUCCUUAUCAUCGUUAGUCUGUUAACUUUUUAUAGGCAGCUAUAUUAAUCUUUAGUGAAAUAUCGGGCGAUCUCUCAGCAUCGCUCGGCCCAACAUAGAAUUUACUUUGUUACAUUAACACGGCAUCUUAAAUACUUACGUGUAACUUAAAAAGUAAAAAACUAUUUGGUAGCUAUUUAAGUAAGAUUUAGCAUAACGCGAUAACGAAGUGAAAUACAAAAGUUACAAAAUAUAUAUAUUAUAUAUUUAUAUGAAUGUAGACUGCUAAAGUUUGGAGGUUUUUUUUCAUCCUUGCAGCUCUAUUGUUUAGUUUUGGUCGGAUGCAAAUUAUGUUUUCUUAGACGCGGAUUAUUUGACUAAGUUGAAAAAGUAUUCUCGUGUUAACUAUUGUGUUGCCAAUAUUAAGAUAUUAUCAUUCUAAUCAUGUCUGUGCCCUUGGAAAGCGUGUGCGAUCUCCUAUAAGACGAAGCCGUAGCUUGAACUAAUGCAACUUGGCGCGAUUUUUGAAUAAUAUCUACUCUUGUUUUUGUUCAUGGACACAAGUGUUGCUGAAUGCACAAAUUUGUGUGUUUAAUUAUAUGAAUCCACGAUUAAUUUUAUUAUAUAGUUGCGAUAUUCAACUAAAGAAAAUAACAUCCUGUCAAGAAAUCCGCGUGUAACCGUAGAAACAUGCUGCCAGCGAAUUAAUUCAUAGGCGCCCAUUUGAAUUAUGGUAAAGAGCAUAUAUUACACAGUGAAUUUACAUAAAGCCUUGUUUAAAAUUUGUAAGAACUGUGGCAUUCUUCGUGCGAAUCUCAUUGCAGCGUACAAACGCAUGACGCCGUAUGCACUUAUUUUUGAAACCAAGUUUUUAGCGUAUCCUAACAAAAAUUGCUUACGUAUUUUUUUUUAAAAGCGGCAUCGUGCGCUUGUUCUAUACAUUAUAAUAAAUUAUUGUGUUAUUUAUUUCCGCAAACGGGGUCGAGUGACAUGUGUAUUGCUAGCCGGUCCCCGCUGUCCUCGUACAAUAUAAGAAAUCGCAAUAACAAGUGAGUCAUGUAAUAUGUAUAAAGUAGUAUAUAGCAUAUUUUCUAUGUUUUUCGAUAUUUAGAUAAAAUACUGCCAGUGUCGAUGUCAAAUAAUGGAAACUAUUAUGUAAACAAUGUAGUUAUUUCUCGAUUUCGGUGUACGGGAGCGAUAAGCAAUCCGACGGUACAUUUAAUUUCGACAUCUUCGAAACAGGACCUUUGGAUAGCGUAGUGUCGUACUUUAGUUGUUUCGCGUGAUCAGAUCCUUGACUAGUAGGUAAUGUAACGUCCGUUGCCAAUAACCAAAUAGUAUUGAACAAUUCCUCCUUUUUUAAUACAUCUUCAUAGUAGAUAAGUGAAUGUACUUGCGCACAAUACGUAUGUGAGGACGGUGACGAGUAACUUUCGUUUGUAACUCAUUUCAAAGUGCAGAACAACUGCAAAUAUUUUUGGUAAUAUUUUAUCUGUGUUAGGCCGCGAGCCCGCGCUGUCAAGCCGUGACUUCCCGCUCUAGAUACUACAGUGGUGGCAUUUAACUAGAGCGCUUAGUUUAUUUUCUAUAGAGGCACAAAAAGUAUUUUCUCUCAAUUUUUCUGUAGUACUUCGGUUUAAUAGGCAUAUUUUGUAUUAGCAUUUCUCGGACACUUUGUUUAGACGCCGUAUUCGAGGUAAGCACCCUACAUUGUAUUCGUUACAGACUGUGACUGUGGAUUACGAUGUAUUUACUCUUAAUACCUACCUUUAAAUAUAUACUGAAAAUCUAUAUUUUUAACAAAUUUAAUUUUAAAAAUAUACCUACUUAUUGAAAUUCCUAAAGAUUAAAAAAUAAAUUUUUAAUAUUUAUGUGUAUAGUAGUAUUUACUGCGAGGUGAUUCUAAAAAUAACAGGCGCUUAUAAUUUUAUUAUUUCCACAAAACCAUGCAGAGAAUAUAUUAUUUACUGUCCAUAAAUUUAAUAAUAAUCUAUAACUGGUGUAUACAUAAAAACAGUAAUAAGUAAACAGUAUGUUUCAGGCAUUUUGAAUCCGACUCAAUGUAUGUAAAAUAAAUGUUGUUUU